UCAAUUUUCAAUUUUGUAAUUUUUUAAUAUUUAGUUAAAAAUUGGUCCUCAAAAUUAGAAUGCACGAUGUACUUUCAAUUUGUAACUACACUAAAAAUGUGAAAAUGAAAAUGGCGGGAAAGUGCACUGACCAAGAAUGACUCAGUUGUUUGUAUUAUUGUGUAUAAUCAUUACAAUUUGAAAUUGCUGGCUGUUUAUCUCUUGCAGCUAUUUGACUCAGUAUGACUGUGUGACAUUUUUGAAGUAUCUGGACUCUGUAAGGUACAACUCCGAGAAAACAAUAAGCAAGUCUUCUACUUGGAUGUUUUUGGAUGCAGCUGAUCAAAUUUUUGCUUGUGCUCGAGCUCGGGUGUUUGGAGAUGACCAAGAACAGAAAGCAAAAAGAUCAAAGAAAGAAAGAGAGCCACUUCUUGAAGAGAAUCCUAAGUGGAAGUUGCUGUCUGAUGUUCUUGAUGAAAUUAGAAGUAGCAAUUCAGAAUCUCUCCAGGAAGGUAGAAUUUUAGUAGUAGCAUCUGAUGAUCAUACAUGCAAUCAAUUAAGAGAAUAUCUAACAAGUGGUGUAAAAUCGUUUAUGAGAAAGGUGUUUUUACAAGCUUUUGGGCCAAAGCUGCAAGAGCCAAUGCCUUCUGUUGGAUCAGGAAAAAGACAAGGGAAAGGACGAGGACGAGGACAACCACAUGGACGAGGACAACUACAAGGACGAGGACAACCACAAGGACGCAGACGAGACAGACAAAAACUUACUUCUGAGUCUCAUCAGAAGCAGGCAGCAACAAGAGUGCAGGAAGACUCUAUUGGUGAAUCUGCUAUUCAAGGGGAGAAUGCUGCUGACAAACAAUCGGUACAUGACAUUAUGACAGUGUCUCAGGCUGUACUACUUGUGCCCUUGAAAGGGGCAAGUGAUUCUUACUUGCUCACACGAGCACUUAAAGAUCAUGAGCCUCAUUAUGUUGUUCUCUAUGAUCCUGACAUGAAAUUUGUGCGAGAGUUGGAGGUAUACAAGGCAAAAAGGCCCGGUGUUCCAGUAAGAGUGUACUUUCUGUUUUAUGAAAAUUCAGUUGAGGAACAGAGAUAUCUUACAGCUUUACGAAAGGAAAAGGAUGCAUUUGAGUUACUUAUUAGAGAGAAAGCUUCUAUGGUAGUUCCUGAAGAUCAGGAUGGGAAGAGUGGUCAUGCAGUAAAUUUGACCCGAGACUUGAGCUCUCCUGCAAGUGCUUCAACUAAUAGCAGUAGAAAGGCUGGUGGAAGAGCAGAAGAUGCAAAAUCGACGGUGUCUUUGCUUAUAUUCUCAUUGAUUGGGUUGGUCUUGACAUGUGUUCAUAAUGAUGUGUAUAAGGUUGUUGUUGAUGUACGAGAGUUUCGAAGUAAGCUUCCGUCAAUUGUACACAGACGAGGCAUUGAUGUGGAGCCUGUCACGCUGGAAGUAGGUGAUUAUAUUUUGAGUCCUGAAAUGUGUGUGGAACGAAAGAGUGUGUCAGAUCUCAUUUCAUCUUUGACAUCAGGACGACUGUAUAAUCAAGUGGUGGCUAUGACCCGCUACUACAAAAGACCUAUGCUGCUGAUAGAGUUUGAUGAAGCUAGAUCAUUUAGUCUUCAGCCACGAUCAGCUGUUGGCAGUGAGAUCUCAAGCUUGAGCAUUCCUUCGAAAUUAGCUCUUUUAACCCUUCACUUUCAGAAGUUACGCAUUCUUUGGUGUCAGAGUCCGUAUGCUACAGCUGAGUUGUUUCAGUCUUUAAAAGAAGAACAACGACAACCAGAUUCUGCAAUAGCAGCAACAAUUGGCACUGAUUCAGAAAGUGUGAAACAUCAAGGCAUGGUGUAUAAUUCUGCUCCUCAAGACUUUUUGCUGAGACUGCCGGGAAUAACGUUCAAGAACUACAGGUAUGUCAUGAAUCAAGUGGAGAACAUUGCGCAGCUUAGUCAAAUGAGCAUUGAGAAGCUGAAGGAUUUGCUUGGGAAUGACAGUGGAGCCAAUGAUAUGUGGAAUUUCUUUCAUGUAAAGUCUGAUUCAGUUGGUAGUUCCAAGAAGUUGCGGUAAUGAUGGUCAACAAAAUUAAUAUGAAUAAUUAAUGUUAAUUAGAUAUACAAAUAAACAGUCAUCUUUAUAGCGCAGUCACUUAGCUAUAUUAAUGAUUGAUUUGUACAUUGUUAUGUAUUUGACUUCUAUGAGAUUGAUUAUGUGACAAAAAUGCAAGAUUGUAUUUUUCAAAAUAAUUCUCUUAAUUAACUUUAAGCGAUAUCGGA